AUGACAAAGACAACGACCAAGAAAAGCAAACUUAAACACUUCCUACUAGGCCCAGUAAGGGUUCUCAAGAAAGCAAGACAAUUCUACAUGAAGAGUGUUAUCGAAUGCGCCGGAGGAUAUGGUUUUGGAGCUGCCAAUCACAUUCCACACUUGCCAAAGUCCAUCAUCAUCAAUGUCGACCAAGAGGAAAAUAUUCCGACCAAGCAAGACCAAUCGGUUACGAGAUAUAAAAACAAUAUUCAGGUGAGAAAGAUGGGGAAGAUUGACGAGGAUCAACCUUGUCAUUUUGAAAACAAUGUUUUGCAUUUGUAUCCACUUAAGAGGACUAGUGUUGUAGAAAAUGUCACUGUGGAUCAUGAUUUGUGUUAA